UUCAUGGACUGUUCAGAAAACGGAUUGCUUCUGUACUUCCACCCUGAUGUUAGUAAUGAGAAGAGGGUAUGUCCUGAUUGGUGAGCAUCCUUAAUGAUGAAUGCCAUCUUUAUGAGUCAUCUUCUUUUGAAGAUGUCCUUGAUAGUGGGGAGGCUUGUACCCGUGAUGGAGCUGGCUGAGUUUAUAACCCUAUGCAUCUUUUUUUCCAUUCCUGUGCAGUAGCCUCUCCAUAUGAGAUGGAGAUGUAACUAGUUAGAAUGAUCUGUAGACAUUUGCUGGAGCCUUUGUCGGCAUACCAAAUCUCAUCAAACUCAAUGAAUUAGAUGUUUGUCAUAUUAAUAAUACACAAAAACUAGACAAGGAAAAAUUAAAACAAAAAUAGAGGUGUAUAAGAUGAUGAGAGGCAUUGAUUGUGUGGAUAGUCAGAGGCUUUUUCCCAGGGCUGAAAUGGCUAGCAUGAGAGGGCACAGUUUUAAGGUAGGUACAGAGGAAAUGUCAGGGUAAGUUUUUUACGCACAGAGUGGUGAACAUGUGGAAUGAGCUGUUGGCGAUGGUGGUGGAGGCGGAUACAAUAGAGUAUUUUAAGAGACUCCUGGAUAGGUAUAUGGAACUUAGAAAAAUAGAGGGCUAUGGGUAACCCUAGGUAAUUUCUAAGGUAAGGACAUGCUCGGCACAGCAUUGUGGCCAAAGUGCUUUUAUUGUGCUGUAGGUUUUCUAUGUUUCUAUGUUUCCAAAAAUAGAGAAAGCAGGAAAUACUCAGUGGGGCAGGUAUAUUGUUAAUAUGUGAAAGGAAAGUGGAGUAAAGUUUCAAAGUACAUUUAUUAUCGAAGUAUGUAUAUGGUAUAGAACUCUGAGAUUUGUCUUCCCACAGAAAGCCUGUUCAAAGGAAAACAUCAAAACCCAAAUGCACAAAAAAAAUCGCACUAACAGCAAAAAACAAGUGAAAAAUACAGAAUAUAAAGCAUCAAACCACAAAAUAAUUGAAAAAGUCCAGGAAUGUUCAGUUCCGCUUGGUUCAGUUCAAACUAAUGCUUUGUUGCUCACUAACUGCCAGUCUGCCCUCAUCAAAACUGUGCAAAGUAACAACAAAAAAGGAGUGAUCAGAAACACAUCAUAACGUGAGGUAGAGUAGAAAUCCACCUGAUCACGGGGGAGGAAAUGCAAAUACCACACAGACACUAACAGAAGACAGGAUUGAACCUGGGGGCAAUGACUCCACUAACUGCAUCACUGUGCAAUUAUAUAUAUAAUUUCAUCUCAACUCAGAACUAACUUCUAAUCUCCGUGCUUCCAGUUGUCAAUCAUCUCCUCAAGUACGUUCCUCCACCGUAACCACCGGUCCAAUAGAAGCAGUCUUGGUCUUUCAGACUGUAAUUAUGACAAGUAAAUAUUGCUGAAGAACUUGAGUCGAUAAUGCAGAUCAGGUUUAUCAUCUAUGGAAAAACUGCCAUAUUUUCAAUAUGUAUAUAUUGGUGUUUGAAGUGGUUUAACAUGGAAUAUAAAACAUUACAGCACAGUAGAGACCCUUUUAACCUACUCUGAGAUCAUUCUAAUCUUUCCCUUUUAUCUAGUCCCUAUUUUUAUUUCAUCCACAUGCCUAUCUAAGAAUUUCUUAAAUGCCCCUAAUGUAUCUGCCUCUGCCAACUUCCUGCUGACGCUUUUAUUAUUUUUCAGAAUCUGGUCUUUACUGGCAAGCUCACCAUUUCUCGUCUAUUUCAAGUUGCCCUUGAGAGGUUAGUGAGCUGUCUCCUGGAACCACUGUAUUCCUUCCGGUGAAAGUGCUCCCACCCUGCUGAUGAGGAGGCAAUUCCAGGAUGUAGACCUGAAUGAUGAAAGAGCAGGCAACUUAUUAACCCACAAUAGAUGCCCCACAACUUGGAGGGAUCCAAAAAGGUGGUAGUGUUCUGAGGUACCUACUGCCACUGUCCUUCUUAGUGGUAAAGAACAGGGUUAGAGAAAUGGAUAAACAGGUAACAAGUAGAUGGUGCACACUGCAGCCAUCAAGCACCAGCAGAGGAAGGAAUAAAGUUUGGGGUAUAGUGCCAAUCAAGAAGGUAGCUUUGACCUGUAGGUUUUAAGCUCUUGAAAUUUUCUGGACAUGCACUCAUUCAGGCAAGUGGAGGCUAUGCCAUGGCAGUCCAGAUGGUCACAGCCAUGAUUUUUAAUGUCAGUUUACAAUGUGGAGAGUUUUUCAAUGCAAAUGCAGCUCUCUGCACAAGAACUGGCGGACAGACACACCUACCAAAGCUGUCAAGGACACAGAGAAUGCUACAGGGCAAGGUUAAGCAGGUUUAUCUCGCUGUCUGCAGGUUUGACCUGGAGAGCUCAGUCAGAUCUGUGACAUACCAAGCUAUCCAUGGUUAUGGGCACUGGAGAUACAAGAGUGCAUUCUAUGCCUUGGCACUGUCAGUACAAACAGAUUAAAGAUUAGUUUUUUUUCUCACAUGUACAAUGAAACAUAGAAGAAAUACAUCAUUUGCAUCAAUGGCCAACACAGUCCAAGGGGGCAGCCUGCAAGUGCUGCCGCAGUUCUUGCACCAACAUAGCAUGCUCACAGCUUACUAACCCAUCCAUCUUUGGAACAUGGGAGCAAACCAGAGCACCCAAAAGCCAUAACACUUGAAGAUAUCAGAGCAGAAUUAGUUCAUUGGGACCACACUGAGCCUGCUUCACCUUGGCUGAUUUAUUGUCCCUCUCAACCCCAAGAACCUAUCAACCUCUGACUUAAAUAUAUCCAAUGACUAGGCCUCCACAUAAAUUUCACAAUGCCAGUGGAGGUAACACAUGUGGUCACAGGGUGAAUGUACAAACUCUGUACAGAGAGUGGCAGGAACUUAGCUCCAGUUAUUGGCUUUGUAAAGUGCUAUACCGGUCGUUAUUCCUCUGUGCCAUCCAGGGAAAGAGCAGUGAAACUAGUUAAAGUAAGUGGGGGGAGGAACAAGGCAUAGUGAUCAGGUGGUUUCCUUGUCCGCAUUUGACCAUGAAUGUUCAGAGGGGGUGAAGUCAGUGCUGAGGAAUCCAAAGGCUGCAUCCACCUUUGCAGUGAGAGUAGGAGGAGUGUCAGAGGAAGACAGCUGAGUGGGCCUUGUGGGGUGAGGGGGGCUAGAUAGUGUGGGGGUAGGAUUCUGAACAGUUGGGCUGACGGUGGUAAUGUGGGGGGGGGGGGAGGUGAGGGAGUGGAACGCUGCGGGAGGGCUGUAUAAUGUUGGGGAGGAUCUACACAGGGGUCCCGGGUUCUGUAUCCUGCCCUGCUUCUCCGGACGUUACCAGUCUGUCUAGAGAGCGUUGUUCCAGUUUACUGGUUUGUCCCAAGCCGAUCACCCUCCGCCCCUCUUUCCUCCUCUUGCUGCCGGACUCUCCCUCCCCGCCGCUGCGGAGGAAACUGACUCAGCGCUCUGUGUCCUGUUUCUUCUCUCCUCCCACUCUCCUCCCCCUCCCUGCUCUCCGCCUCUUAUGUGACCACUUACUGCCAUCCACAGCCCGUCGGAGACCGCACAGGGGAUGUCUACGGAGGCUGGGAACCAUCACAAACAAGACAGUGCAUGGCCUGAGCUGGAGAAAGCUGAGAAGCUGGCCCGUGGAGCUGCAUUAAAAUGGGCCUCAGGGAUCUUCUACCGUCCAGACCAAUUAGAGAGAUUGGGCCAGUACCGCAAGAGGGAAACCCAAAGAACGUCCUCUGUUCAGUCCAGGCUGAAGUCUGCUGUUCAGUCCUACCUGGAAGGGGUAGGAACAGGCCUCGGGCAGCUGAGAACCUCACUGGACGAUGUCCGAGCUGUGUGCCGCACGAUGGUGGAGGUGCAAGAGGAGUGCCAGAACAAGGUGAACGGUUUCGAGAGCCUCAGCCAGCUGAGUGGGCUGGUUUCUGACCAUGUCCAGUUGGCCACUGCAGUGCACAAUCUGCAUCAAGUCUUCUCAGUCCCCGAAGUUGUGGCUGAGACACAGCAGCUGAUUGAGGAGAGGAGGCUGCUGGAGGCACACACCAAGCUGAUGGAGAUGGAGUGCUGGCGUGACGACAUCCUUUACCAGCUGCACCGAGCUGGCAAGCAGAAGACGGAAGGCGAGCAAGUCGUCCUGUCAUACUUCAGUGGUGUCGGCCAGCUCAAUGAGGACCUUGCUAAGGAACUGUGGGAUGUUGUGAGCUGCGGCCUGACCUUGGUCAAGCAGGACCCUGCCCUCUUUGUCUCGGCUAUUCGCGUGAUUGAGCGGGAGGAGAAGAUCGACCAGGUGACCAUGGAUAGUCAAAGCCAACACAAAUUUCUCCCGCCCGGACGGCCCAAGAACCUGAGACAGAUGUUUUUUAAGGUUAUUGAGCAAUCAACUGCAGCGCAGUUCAGAGCAAGGCACACAGACACGAAGGGGCCAGGCCUGGCAAAUCAUUUAUCAGCCUUACAGAACAAUGUCCUCAAUGAUUUGAAAGUAGUAAAACACUUGAUGGUUCAAUGUUGUCCUCCGCACUAUAACAUCCUUCAGACCUACGCCGUGCUCCACCACACUUGCCUCUCAGGACAUCUGCAGGAUAUAAUAUCCUGGGACCUGGAGAAGGGUGAAAUCUACACUGUGCUGCACUGGAUCCGACAUGUCUACCACAGCAGUCCUGAAAUGAUGGAUCAUCCCGAUCUUUUUCCUGAUGUUGAUGUCGCCUCACUGGGCCCUCUGAUUUCCCAGGAUGCACUGGAACAGCUGCAGAUUAAAUAUGUAAAUGCUGUCCGGGUGGCACUGUCUGACUGGAUGCAGAAGGCACUGGACGCUGAGGUGAGCGACUGGCACAGUGAAGGGGGGCCAGAGUCUGACCACGAGGGCUACUAUCACACCAGCCUGCCGGCCGUCGUGACUCAGAUGCUGGAAGAGAACGUCCAGGUGGCGAUGAUGAUUGGUGACCACCUAAGGGACCAAAUGAUUGUGAUGGCUUUGCAGGAGCUCGAGUCCUUCCUGUACAGGUUCCGGGAGGCUGUCAUCAGCUAUGGGAGGGAACGGAAUAAGGAUACCCAGCCUAAGCAUUACAUGCUGAAUCUCCUGGCUACCGUCAACAACUGUAUCGCAUUCAGGAAAUCAGUUCAAUGGCUGCAGCAGCAAAGCGACGGAGCAUCCCACAAUGACUGCUGCUUAAAAGCUGCUCACACCGUUGACGUGGCCGUGGAUCGAGCCAUGAAGAAGAGCUGCAGGCUACUGAUAGAUGAAAUGCUCCUGGAGCUGCAGCCUCAUUUCCUUACGUUGAUGUCUGGGUCCUGGCUCUCUGGUUCCAAGUUCAUUGACUCCGCCUGCAGUGUUUUGGAUACAUACUACAGUUAUUUCAUCUGCAUCAGGGAGCCCAUCUUCCAGUUCAUGCUGGUCGAGGGCCUUCGUAUGGUGGUCGUUGAAUACUUACGCAGGCUAAUGCUGAAGAAGAUUGUCUGCAAGAACCCUGCUGAGCGGGAGAAGAUGGCACACAGAAUGUCACACGAUGCCACACAGCUGCAAGAACUUUUCUGUAAUCUGGGACUGGGAGAUGCUGAUCGGCUCACCAACGUGAUUUCCUCCAUCUCGGAACUCAUCAAGCUAACAGACAGCUCCCUGCUCAGUCUGGAGGUCUCUGGCUUGGUGGUCAAUUAUCCCGAUAUCAGUGAUGAGCAUGUUUCGGUGCUGCUGGACAUCAGGGGGGACGUGUCCAAGGAGGUCCGCGGCACAGUGCUGGACAUGCUGGAACAGAACAGCCAGCCUCCAGAAGGCUACCAGUCCAUCUUCUCCGAUAUCUUGGUGCCAGCUCCAAUCCUUCCCUUCUGCCUCCCCACUGUCAAAUGCGGUUAGAUCACAGGGCAUCAAUUCUGUCCUCAGAAGAGGCUCCCUCAAUAAGGAUCAACUGAUGUGGUGAUUGUGGACAGCUGAGUGGCAGUGCGAGUUGGGAUUUUUUUCUACCACUAUGCCCAAGCCUGAUAGGUACAGAAGCCCUGACAGAAAAUGUGGGCUUUUUGGGCAGGUAACCUUGGGCACCAAGGGUCUCAGAUCUCUGCAGCACGUAUAAACCCCUCCUACUUACACAGCACGUUGCAGGUUCCUGGAAUUACCUCACUUCUUGGCUCAGUCGAUGAAGCCAAUAGGCAUGUACCCCACACAACCUGGAUUUAACUCUGCCUGGCAUUCCCAACGGAUUAUCCAUUAUUCCAAAAGAGCAUGUACGACAACAUUGAGAGCAGCAUCAGACUGGCCUGGCUUUUCUAGCCUCUCCCAUUUGCCUAUUUCCCUCUCUCACCUGCCAAGUCCACCCACAAGGAGGAUGGGAUUAGAAUGAGGUCUGUUAGACUCUGUGUGACAGUCAGGAUUACUUUGGAUGGUUAUCGUGAUGGCUAUGGGCUGAAGGGCCUGUUUUGUGCUGCCUUGUUCCCACGUUCUAUGACUACAGACACUCCCACAGACGACAGGGAAAAUGUCUCCAAGGCAAGGGGUUGCCAGACAUCAUUCUGCCCAGGGGGUAUUCCCAAUGUAGCAUUCCCAAGGGCCCUCAAACCUUGGAAAUAAGGGCACGUUCAAAGACAUUGUCCCUGGUCUGCAUCAGACCAUGGAUUAUGGCCACCAUUAGUCUCUUGAGUCACAAAUUUGGGGGCUGCCCUUCAUCUAGGUUAGGUUGUGGUGGAUUGGCAGAAGAGAGGGGAGGGGAGGGGAAAUGUUGACUGUUGCUGACCUUGGUUUGCUCCACACCCCAGUUCAACCUUCCACUCCCUGAGCUGCCCUCAGUUUGGCUGGGCCUCUCCUAUCCAGAGGAAGGAAGCAGCUCAGAGGAUAGGCUCUCCAGCUGAGGGCAGAACCAAGAUGCCUUGACCCAUUCCCCCAAUCCAUCCUUUUGCUGGUCUCACUAAGCACUGUCUUUGCUGGAUUCGAGACCCUGAAGCUAGCCAUGUUCCUUCUGGUGAAUGAAAAACUACAGCAUUGUUAAUUUCCAGAGGAGCCAUCAGUCAGUACAACAGCGUACUGACAUGUCCCUGCAGUCUAUGAGGUAGGAAGACAUCAAAGCCAGAUGUCACUGCAGCAAGGAUAUACCAACAACAAACACUUUUUUACAUUGUGCCACAUUUCUAUGUUGGAUUGGUCACAGAUUAACAAGAGGAGACCAACACACGGUUUGAUCUUCUGAAGACUUCCUGAAACAGAUCAAGUCUGAUUCUGCCUGGAAGUUAAGGAGGAGAUCUGGUGGGUGAACCCACAUCUGUCUAAUACUGCUGGUGGUGAGCCAAGACAAGGAUCCAUUGUACUUGUCCAGUUCAGGUCACAGAGACCUGAGGCUUUGCACUGAAGUUCCUGGAGCCAAGCCAGGAGACACCAGGGUCAAAUGCAGAGCUCACCAGGUUAUCUGUGUAAUGAAACUCUUCAGUCACUGUAUAGCUUCCUGCCUACUUCCACCCUGCCAUUUCAUCGUUAUUGGAGAGGCCCCAGCACACAAUCCCUGAGUUAGAGUACCAUCCCCUUCCCACUCACUGAAAACCACCCAAACCUAGUUCGGGGACAGUCACUGUAACUCAGCCUUACUCACUGAGAAGUCAUAGACAUAGAUAUAGAACAGUACAGCAGAGGAACAGGCUCUUCAUCCCACAACGUUGUGCCAAACCAGAAACGUAAACAAAACAUCCCCAAAAACUAAUCUCUCCUACCUACAUAUUCCUCCAUUUUCCUCAUAUUCAUGUGCCAAUCUUAAUGUCUCUUAAAAGCCUCUAAUGUAUUUGCCUCUAUCACCAAACCCAGCAGUACAUCCCAGGCAUCCACACAUCUUGAAGUAGAAAUCUUAAACCACACAUCCACUUUCAACCUACCCCCCCCCCCCCACAACCUUCGAUGCAUGCCCUCUGGUAUUAGACAUUUCUACUCCAGGGAAAAGAUACUCAAUAUUUACUCUAUCUAUGCCUCUCAUAAUCUUAUAAACCUCCAUCAAAUCUCCCCUCACCCUCAGCCGCUGCAGAGAAAAUAACCCAAGUUUGUCCAGCACCUUCUGAUAGCACAUGCCCUCUAAACCAGGCAGCGUCCUAGUAAACCUCUUUUGGACCCUCCCCAAAGCUGCAACAUCCUUCUCACAGUGGGGCAACCAAAACGGUAUGCAACACUCCAAAUGUGACCAGAGUUCUACAAAGUUGCAACAUAAUCUCUUGAGUUUAGAACUCAAUGCCUCAAUUAAUAAAAACCAGCAUUCCAUAAACCUUCUUAAACACCCUAUUGACCUUUCUAGGAGCUAUGAACUUGUCCUAACAGGGUACUGUCUCCUUACAUUUCUACCAAGCUGCAACACCUCACAUUUAUCUGAGUUAAACUCCAUGUGCCAUUUCUCUGCCCAUAUUUGCAAGUACUCUAUACCCUGCUAUAUUCUUAGCCAGUCUUCUACUCUAUCCACAACUCUACAAAUCCACAAGUUUACUAACCCACCAAUCUACAUUUUCAUCCAGGUCAUCUAUGUACAUUAGAAACAGCAGAGGUCCUGGAACAGAUCCCUAAUUAUAGACCUCCAGCUCAAAUAAGUUGCUCCGACUACUACUCUCUGACUUCUAUGCGCAAGCCAGUUCUGAAUCCAAACAGCCAAUUCACUGCGGACCCCAUGCACCUUGAUCUUCUGGAUUAGCCUCCCAUGAGGAACUUUGAAAAAUGCUUUUUAUCUGUCUAAAUAUGUAGACAAUAUUUACUGCCCUAUCCUCAUCAAUCUCUAAGACUCUCCCGCAAGGACCAUACCUAACCUAAUCUGUAGCUAUUCUGAAAGUUAAGGAGUUGUGGUUACUGUUCCCUAACUGUUCCUCAAUUGCCUGGCCAUACUCAUUAUCCAACACCAAGUCCAGUACAGCUCCUCCUCUCAUUGGACCAUCUACAUAUUGAUUUAAGUCUCUGGUCAAACACUUCAAAUGUAGCGAAUUUUGUUUUCUGUUGCAUCCCCUAUGUUUGCUGUAUUGAGCGAUGUCUCUUUCACUGCUCAUUAGCUUUACAUUCUGAUGGGAGAAACAACCUCUUCAUCCUUGUCCCAAAGGCUGACCCUUCCCAGCCAUGAAUCUAGAGGCAGGUAUUUCCCUGCUCUGUUGGUGGAGCUGAAUCCCCAGCUGUGAACCCAUGCCUUGGGCAAGUCCUGACACCCUUUCCAGUUGCCCUACAUGCUGCUUAGCCAUGUUCAGCCAGAAGAGGAAAUGAUUGAUCCAUCACUGGUUCAUCCUGAGAUCCCCUCCAUCACUGAACCUGACUUCUGCCAAAUCAAUACUCCCCGGUCUAUCAAGAAAUUAUUACAAACCCAAUACAACAAACACUGGAGGGCCCAGACUACACCUGGCUGUUAUACUAAAGAUCUGUGCUCCACAAUUAGCCCAGCCUCUAAGCAACUCUUCCAGUACAGUUACAAUAUUGACAUCUACCUGGCAAUGUAGAAAAUUGCCCAGGUAAGUCUUGUGCACCAAAAGCAGCACCAAUCCAAUCCAGAACAAACACAAAAUGGGGAGGAACUCAGCAGGUCAGGCAGCAUCUAUGAAAAUGAAUAAACAGUUGACAGAUAGAUGUAGCCUGAUAGGCCAAGUUCCACCAGCAUUUUUUGCCUGUUGCUCUGGAUUUCUAGCAUCUGCAGAAUCUCUUGUGUUUAUGUUUUGCUAUUCCAACCCAGCUGAAUGCUACCUAAUCUGUCUACUUACAGUCAUCAGCAAAGUGACAGAAGGCGUCGUCAAUCAUGCUGUCAAAUGCCACUUGCUCUAUAGUCCCUGGUCUGGAUUCUGCCAGAAAUACUCUGUUCCAGACUGCUUAUGGACUUGUCAAACCAUUGCUCCAAAUCCCAUUAAGACUUCCUGUUAUGUUUCGUAACUUCAAAACUUCAAAGAAAGACACAUGACUUCAAAAUCCAGGUCUAAAUUCAAGUUUACUUUCAGUGAGCCAUGCACGUAUCAUGUGGUACCGUGAUGAGGUAUGCAAUUAAUGUAUUUUUACAUAUAACCCAUAAUUAAUUAUUUAAAUGAACAGGAAAGCUAAUCAACAUAUUUCUACAAGACCACUCAAAUAUACACAGCACUUCCCAUCAUCUCCAACGCACAAAUCAAGAGGGUAAUAGAUUACCGUGCACUAGCCUGGAUGGGCGCAGCCACAGUAAGUCUCACCAGCAUCAACCAAGCAACCCAAUUAAUUGGCACCCCCUCAACUGCUCUGAACCUCCAUUCUCUCCACCUGCAGCACAAGUGCUAUAGUGUGUACCAUCUACAACAUAUACAACAGUUCCUUGUCCAGACAACUCUGGUUAAAAAUGUCCUAAGAUUAUGAAACACAGUUUAUAAAUGCAAGACCAUACAAACAGGUAUUAAGUUUCCUUAUUAUUGUCAAGAUUGCUUAUCAUUAACUUUUUGCACUCAGAAAUAUGGAACUAAGUUAACAUCAAAUCAUUAAUUAUAUCCAUCGAAAAAAGUUUGAAUCAGAGGAACAAUGACCUCCAUUACCAUAACACAGUACCCUAAACAAUUUGUUCUGUUAACAAUAGGUGCUAAAAGGCAGUGAAUCUGUAAGUAUUAAAACAAAUGUAUACAGUACUUAUUCCAAUAGUUGGGGGAGUCUAGGACCAGACAACAGAGCUUCAGAAUGCAAAGACAUCCCUUUGGAACAAAGAUUAGGAGGGAUUUUUUUAGUCAGAGAAUGCUAAAUCUCAGGGUUGUAUAUGGUGACAUAAUUGAAGUGAAUUACGUAAUUGUACUUUAAUAAUAAAUUUACUUUGAACUGAAUCUGUGGAACUCAUUGCCACAGAUGGCUGCAGAGGCCAAGUCAUUGGGUAUAUUUAAAGCAGAAACUGAUAGGUUCUUGAUUAACAAGGGUGUCAAAGGUUACAGAGAGAAGGCAGGAAUAUGGGGUUAAGAGGGAAAAUAAAUCAUCAGUGAUCAAAUAGUGAAGCAGAACCAAUGAGCAAAAUGGCCUAAUUCUGCUCCUAUAUCGUAUGAUCUAAUGAACAGCAACUCCCAAACCGGUAACCUGUAUGAUUUGAAUGCCCAAUAGUGCAGGUGCAUGAAAAUACUAUAACCUGCAGAUACCCCUCCAAGUCACACACCAUCCUGACAGGCAAAUAUAUCAUCACCCUUUCAUCAUCGCAGGGUCCAAAUCUUCCAUUUUGCUCCCCAAAAGCACAAUAGGAAUACCUUCACCAGAUGGAAUUGGAGAAGGCAACUCACAACUACCUUCUCAAAGGCAUUUGGGAACAGGCAAUAAAUGCUGGCCAUCAGCAGUGCCCAGAUCAGGGAAAUUAAGACAAGAAAAAGCCACAGCUGAAAAUCCUUCCCCCACUAACCCCUCACCUACCAACCCUUCAGGAGUCUGCUGCCCAAUUCCAACACCAACCUACCUGCUGCCCAAUUGCUAGACAGCAGUUUACUCCAAAACUUGGGCUUCAAAUGCCUGACCACAUCCUCAGGGUCCCAUCCCUACAGCUGGGACUGGAACUCAGACCCCACCCUGGUACCCUUCAUCUGCUCUGUCAUUGCAGAUUGGGAAAAAAAAGGCUUCUGAGAGCUUGUGGUCUCAGAUUCAGAUUUAUUUAGCACCUGUAUAGUGAGACGUGCAAUGAAGUGUGUUGUUUGUGUUAACAACCAAAACACUGCUGGGGGCAGCCUGCAAGUUUUGCCUCACAUUUCAGCGCCAACAUAGCUUGUCCACCUUUCUUGGCAGAACAACACAGAAUGCAGCAAAAAUCUGAACAUGUCAAGCAACAAAUUAACAACAGUAUUCCUUCCUCCCUCUCACCCUCUCAUGCACACACACAAUUCUGUAACCCACCACCAACCAUAUUCAGCCUCCAGCAGACUCGUAGAUUCGCAGACAUUGGGCCUUCGACUUCCCCAGCAGACUCGCAGAGAGUUGUAAACUCACAGUUGGCCAUCUGUACUGCGUGAAGCUGUGUGCAGGCCCUAAUGGCUUGGUAAACACUGCCACAGUCAGGCAGCCACUAUUCACAGGCAAAGCUCUCUCCCUGACACCAAAGAGACUGCAGAUACUGGAAUCUGAGGCAACAGGCACAAUCCCACAGGAGGAACUUGGUGGGCGUGGGGCAUCUGUGGGAGGAAAAGAACAGUCAACAUUUUGACCCAAAGCAUGGACAAUUCCUUCCCCCCUCCCCCCCCCCACACAGAUGCUACUCAACCAUCUGAGAACCUCCAAUGGAUUGCUGAAAGCUCUUUCUUCUAGGGCCAUGCCGAGAGAUGUAGAUUGAAAACCCAGUCCAUCCUGGUAGGUGGCUCCUAAUGUUGUCUCACUCCAGGACCACUAUUCGUUACCAAUGUUUAUAAUCCUCAAGCAGAACCAGGAUCUAGCUAAACCAGUCAGUCUAUAAUAAAUGGCAUACAUUUAUGCCACACCUUUCACAACCUCAGAACAUGCCAAGAGGCUCCACAGUCAGUAGAUCUAUGGAUAUCGAAGUAAAUUGGAACAGCUGAGAGAUGAGAUCCCACCAACACUCAUGAUGUAAUAAUGUUAUGCAGAUCAAAACAGGCCCUUUGGCACAUUGAGUCUUCACUGACAUCAACCAUCUUAAUCCUGUUCACUCACUCCACAUUCCCUUCAACUCCCCCCAAGUUCUAAUUCUCACCUACUUACAACAGCCAAUUAAUCCACUAUCCUGCACGUUUCUAGGACGUGGGAGAAAACUGAAGCAUGGGGGGAAAGGCAAGAGCUCACAGAGAAAAUGUGCAAACUCCACACAGACAGUGCCUGAGGUCAGGGUUGAACAUGCAUCUCUAGGGCUGAAAGGCAGCAGCUCUACAGCUGUGCCACUGCACCAUAUGGUUCACUCACACUGAUCUGAUUAAGGCAGGGACAUUGACUAAUAACAGCCUUCUUCAGUAUGCUGCAGAUGAGACAAUACUUAUCCAAAAGGCAGCUUGGACAUACCGUGUCUGAUCUUUGGCUUGUGAAGCUGGCACUCCCUCAUUUGCAGGGCACCAAUGAACAGAAUGCAGAAUUACUCUGCCAGAAUGCAUCAUAAUCACCCAAGAUAAUCGUCAUAAUCACCUCAUCCACCAAAGAUGAUCCUCUCAGAUGAUCUUCCCCCGAAUGAGAACCAUGGAAUCCCAGAUUUAACAAAAAAAAUUGAAGAUGAUUCUUUGUUCUGAGACUAUGCAAUUUCCCCCUCUCCAUUCUACCACCAAAACCUAGAGGAGCAAGGCUCCCCACAGCCACUCUGCACAUUGGCUUGCUAGAUUCAAGCAGACUGUGCGAGGGAGGUGGAACACUACUUGCUUGUUAUUGCAAUGUAAAUACUAAAAGUAGCUGCAAGAAAAUGCCCUAACACCAGGAGGCAGCAACACAACCCAGUAACACAGCCAAUGAACUGCCCAUAGUAUCUGAAUUUUCCAUGGUUCCAGGAACAUUGUGUAAACUGGGAGAGAAACCAUGGAUAUUUUUGGUUCAAAGACACUUUUGCUUGCUUCCUAGAUAUAUUUAUUCCUGCCUAAAAAUAAAAGCACAAUGGACUUGGA